AUGUACAAUGGAUAUGACUAUCAAGGGCGAAAUCUUCGCGUACAUUUCGAUAAAUUCACGCUACCAAAUAUACCACCACAUCCUCAUCACCCAGGAUCGCAUCCACCGCCACAUCUCGCAGUUCAUCCUCAUUCACACCCUCACCAUCCUCCCCACCCGCAUCAUCGACCACCGCCACCUCAUCACGCACUGAUCCCACAUAGUUUUCAUAUGGGUUUACCUCAUCCAAUUCAUCAUUUUAUAGCCCCAACACACCUUGGACCAUUUUCUCCACCUCUAACAACGCCUCCGCCACUCACAAGUCCGCCACCUUAUCCCACGAACGGUUACAAUCCCUUAGCACAUCAUUUAGCGGGAACUACCACACUAAAUUCUUCGACGAAUGGAAAUUCCACAUUUCAACCAGAUCAAUUAUUAUCUGCACAAUCUCAGUCUGGACAAUUUUCCGGGUUUGGUCCUAUCGGAAAGAACCAUUUUGUUCCAAUGCUUGGUGCUAAUGCUUCAUCGUUAUCUGGAUUUGGCUCGGUUGGUGCUACAUUUCCGACUAAUAAUUCUACCGGUGCUAAUGGUAAUGGCAUAGUGACUACAACUACUAUUGGGAGUAAUGGAAUCGACUCAAACUUCAAUUCGCCAUCGACCAAUUCUACUAACGACAAUAAUGGAAUUCAAAUUGUUGCUGCUGUUGCCACUCAUCAUUUACACCACCCACAUCAACAGCCUAGUCACACACAUCAUUCGCAUCAUCAUCCUGGUGCAAUCGGAAGUGGUAUUAUAGGUGGAAUAAAUAAUGGCGUUAAUCAUCUUCAUCAACAACAGCAACUUCAUAAUACCAAUACACUUUCGCAUGCGACUGGAACAAACGGAACAUCGUCAUCAUCUGUCGCGGCUGUGACUGUAACGAAUGGAUUGAACGGUGUGACGCAUAAUACUUCAUCCACGCCCAACGGAGUAAUUGAUUCAGAUACAACUGGGGCCGGAUUAUGGAAUAAUAGCGCGGCAAACAUGCUUACAACUGCCACUACCACAACUAAUGGAUCAAUUGGAACUUCAGGAGUGAUGGGUAUCGAAAUGGCAUCAUUGGCAGCAAUGGGACCUGUAAUGCCAACCGCAACAUCACAAUCAGUUUACGUUCGGAAUAUUUGA